CAGACUUUAGCUUUAGCAUUUAGCUUCAGCCUCUCACACCGCUGCUGAGCUCCGUCCAGCGUGCAGCUGCCGACCGGAGCCACUGACGUCUGCGGGACCAGAGAGCGCAGGGAGCGGCCAGGCAGAGCAGCACACACCGGAAGCAGAGGAGCAGCCAGGGAGAUGGAGGAGGAGAAGAAGCAGGGGAGCAGGGAGAUGGAGCAGGAGAAGAAGGAGGAGAAGAAGCAGAGGAGUCUCCUCCGGGAGGCGUCGCAUCAGAUCAUCGCCGGCGGAUCCGCGGGUUUGGUGGAGAUCUGCCUGAUGCAUCCCCUCGAUGUGGUGAAGACCAGAUUCCAGAUCCAGACGUCAACCACUGGCCCCAACAGCUACAAGAACCUGAGCGACUGCUUCCGCACCAUCAUCCGGAAUGAAGGCAUCUUUGGCUUCUACAAGGGAAUCCUGCCUCCGAUUGUGGCCGAGACACCGAAGAGAGCAGUAAAGUUUUUCACUUUUGAACAAUACAAGAAGGCGCUGAACUUGACUCCUCUGUCUCCUGGUUUGGCGCUGUCUGUAGCCGGGCUCGGCGCAGGCCUGACCGAGGCUGUUGUCGUCAAUCCGUUCGAAGUGGUGAAAGUCAGUCUCCAGGCCAACCGAGAUACCUUCAAAGAGCAACCCUCCUCAUUUGCUCAAGCCAGGCGCAUCAUUAACUCGGACGGCUUUGGACUGAGGGGUCUGAAUAAAGGAUUAACAUCAACACUCGGACGCCACGGAGUCUUCAACAUGAUCUACUUUGGCUUCUACUUCAAUGUCAAGGAUGCUAUUCCUACCAGCCCGGACCCGACCCUGGAGUUCAUGAGGAAGUUCACCAUCGGCCUGGUGUCCGGGACCAUCUCCUCCUGCGUGAACAUCCCCUUCGACGUGGCCAAGAGCCGCAUCCAAGGGCCGCAGCCGGUGCCAGGAGAGAUCAAGUAUCGCACCUGCUUCCAGACCAUGGCCCUGGUGUCCCGGGAGGAGGGAUACUUGGCUCUGUACAAGGGGCUGGUGCCCAAGAUAAUGAGGCUGGGACCAGGUGGAGCAGUGAUGCUGCUGGUGUAUGAAUAUGUGUCUGGUUGGCUUAAGGAGAACUGGUAACAAAAACAAAAAGGGAAGAACAAACACCCGGAGUGCCUUAUAGAUUGUGCCUCAAUCCCAAUACGGUUACCUGACUCCAGUAGCAUGAGACCAAACGAGUUCAUCUUUGUUCAACAAUACAAUACACAUUACUGUUAUUAAAAACACAGAAAUCAACAUUCCAGUCAGUCCUAGAAAGCAGUUUUCGAAGGAGAACCUCACAUGCAUGUCAUUUUAUCAGAAAUUCAAAAAGCAGCAAUAUUUCAAAACUGCCUGAAAAACACAUUUCAAUGUAAAACCAGUUCCAGUGUCAAUCGGGUUUUAAGGCCCUGAAAACAAGUAUUUUCACUUUCGCUUCUGAUGAUGUUCAACAACGAGCACAAUAUUUUUGAUAUGUUUUGUUUUGCUCUAUUUCCUCUCACUGGUUUUGAGUGUAUGUCACAUGCCUCUCUGAGCCAAUCACACUGAAGCAAUAUUUGAUGCAAAAUCUGAUGACAGUUGAGGAGGUGAAUGCUUAUGUUGCAAGUUCUGUUCCUCGAAUCAGCUCAAACCAAAUCCUCGUCGUCCUGAUGAAGCAGAUUGUGUCUUUGUGAGUUUAAAAGCAGAAUAAUAAAUGUUGAUUGUUGCUUAUUUAGUCUUGAAUACAACAAGAAAUGCUUGAUAUUUGAAAUCAGGCUUUCCAGGGUUUAGCUGUUAAAAUCAUUCAAACAGUCCCAUUAAAUUGCAAACACUUUUAGAUAUUACUCCACGGAGCGUGUCUGAUUUAUUUCAUUAGAAUUCACUCAUUCUUUUUAGGGGAAUCUGUGAAAAUGGAAAAAUAAACGUGUUUUUUUAUCUAGCUUCCAAAGAAAAAACUGGUCCCACUAUAGAGGACUUGAUUAUAUAUCAUCAUUAUACAGCUGCACAUGUUAUUUGUACCUGAGUCAUCUGCUCAUGAAGGAGCAACAGUUCAGCAACAGUUCACUAUGCACUCAGACAUACUUUCUGUACGUACACUUUGUCAUGUACAUCAAAUACACAAGAUCGAACACGUAUACUGUGAUCACAACCAUUGUGCUGAGCCUCACUGCGUAUUUCAAACAAACCAAAUAUCCACAGUAGUGCCUUUUUAAUAAGGAUUUAUAGGUAUAGAAACGUGUAUGUGUGUUCAGGCCUGUUGCUGAGCUACUUGUAUUGCAUGACUGAUAUUUUAAUGAAUCAUCUAUAAAUUGGACAAAUGUUUUUUGUACUAUCUCAAUUUAGAAUAGAAUUUGUUCACAGUUACUUGCAUGUAUUGGUAACAAAUAAUAAAAACAAAGAUUGAAAUCCGA